UUCUAGCACACUAACAAUUGGGUCAUGACAAAACGGUAUUGAGUGAAUUUAAUGGGAAAUUCGCAUAACAAAAGCAUCCAGAACCGUAGCCACAAGCAAUCUACGCAGUCAGACCGCGGCGGCCAAGCGUUCACAAGUCAGUUCAGCAUAUCGCAUUUCGUGGGCAACCUGAGCGGGCGGUCGCUGGCGAGUGUCGCGAGCAACCAGUCGGUGUACAGCGCAUCGCGGCCUUGGUCUCGGGUUUCCCGACGAAGGUGGAAUGAUACAACUUUAAGGAACCCUCUUGAAGCCAGCAAAACAGCUUGGCCAGUCACUCAUCAGGAGUCUUUAUUUCUUCCCGAAUUUCCCAUCACAAGUGACCUACUUCAGAAAGAUUUUGAAAUUGUAGAAACUAUAGCUAAAGGUGCAUUUGGAGAGGUUUAUAAAGUGAACAAAGUCAGUGAAGGCAAAGAGUAUGCACUGAAAGUUCUUAGUAAAUCCCAGAUUAUAGCAGAAAGCGCUGUAAGGCAAGUUAAGGACGAAGCACGCAUUCAAUCUGCUUGUGGUCAUCAUUCCUUUAUAGCUGGCGCCAUAGCACGUUGGCAGACUAAAAAACGACUUUACAUUGUUUCAGAAUACAUUCCCGGUGGAGAACUUUUGGCUCUCCUCGAAAAAUACGAAAAGUUACCAGAAGAGCUUGUGAAGAUUUUUAUUGCUGAAAUUGCUGUUGCUAUAGAUUUUCUACACAACGCCGGCGUGAUCUACCGUGACCUCAAACCAGAGAAUAUAUUGCUGGACGAAGAUUAUCACGUGAAGCUGGUGGACUUCGGACUCUCCAAGUGGCUGUCCAUUGGGUCGCGGACCACUACUCUUUGCGGCACUCUUAAGUACAUGGCUCCGGAGAUCCUGAGCAGAGAGCCUUAUGGUCACGCAGUAGACUGGUGGUCUCUGGGGGUCCUUGCCUGCCGUAUGCUUACAGGAGAAUUUCCAACACCUACUGUAACUCCGAAUGCAACAACAAGCGAGAGAGGUGUCUCUACCAAAGCGUCUCCAAACAAAGCGUCUCCGACCAAAGACAAUGCAAACACAUAUGCAGCUAUUCACAGCAACCGCUCGGCAGUUGGUAGCCUCCCACUCAGCGCAUCCACCUUGUCCAACGCAGCACGCAGUUUUCUUGUGCGUCUUCUGGAGCGCGAUCCCCGUGUUCGUAUGAGAAAUUUAAGGCAAUUGCAGCAAUCAGCUUUCUAUAUGGGGUACAACUUCGAACAUGUGAAAAAUAUGAAGGUGUCACCAAAGACGAUUUUGGAGUAUCAUUUAUCGAGUACAAUACCAACAUCUUUAUCGGCCGACAUAAGCGAUUCUAGCCGCCGAGUUUUUGUAGCUUUCGAUCAGCCACAAAUUUUAAUUUAAUUAAUUUCAAUAAGUCACAAAUUUUCAAAAUGCUUCUUUUUCUGGUUUGCAAUAUUGGUUUAUGUUUAAUUGAGCAGUAAUUAUGUAAAAGAAUAUCUAUACCCUUGAAACUUUGCUUUUGUGGUAUUCACCUAACUGCCGAUUUACAUACAUUUACAUAAUCUCGCAAAUCUACACAUUUCUACCUAAAAAUAUAUAAAAAUUGAACCUUCUUAGUAGGUAGGUAGUAAAUUUUUAGCUGUUUUA